AUGACAUCUAAAGUUGCGCCAUUCUUGGACACCAUUGCUUCCCGCCGCACUAUCUACGCCUUGAAGCCUCAACUUCCCGAAAACAUUGAGCUAAAAGACGUCCAAGAUGUUGUGCAAGCGAUCAUCAAGCAUACACCAACUGCUUUCAACUCUCAGAUCAACCGCGCCAUGAUCUUAACUGGCGAAAGUCACAAACGGUUAUGGAAUCACGUCUACGAAACUAUUCCCAUCGAAAACUUCAAAAAGAGACCGCUCUCGGCUAGGGACGAGGCAUUUGGGACCGUCGUUUUCAUGGUCAAUGAUGCCAAGACCAAAGAAAUGCAGCAACAAUUUCCCGCUUGGGCAGAGACCAUCCCGGAAUUAGCGGCUCACGCCUCGGGUUCUGCUCAGAUUUCAACCUGGGCUGCCUUCAAGCAGUUGGGCAUCGGAGCGCAUUUACAGCAUUUCAACCAGUUAGUAGCUGAUGCGCUUCCUGAGGGCUCUAUUAUGGAAGAUUGGGAAGUCCAGGGUCAAUUGGUCUUUGGUCUGCCCGCUGGCUCACCCAACGAGAAGACAUUCAUAGAGAAUGAAGUCAAAGUAUUUCACUAG